AUGGAUGGCCGUUCAAGCAUCGAUGUAGGCGACUCUCCCAUUACCCCAGCACGGGCUGGGGGCUCUAAGCGUACCAAGCGCCCAAGGGAGGAUGAAACAGAGAGUCAAAGGAUCAAACGCGAAAAAGCUGCAGAGCGUCAACGACGGAAACGCGAGAGGGAUCGUGCUCAGGCUCAGGCGGAAGCAGCCCAGGUUCAGGUUGCUGCAACCGCCGCCAUUAUGGCGCUCGGAGGGGCAGAUCCUCUAACACAAUUUGCCCAUCUACAGGCCCAAGUCCAACAUCCCGAGCCACCUGUUCCAGUCGCCCAGUCGCCCAUUCCACCACCGAUAUUUGCUGCAGCCAAUCUCACCGAACAGGCCCCUCGACUGCCACCAAUUUCAGUUCAGCCUCAGGUACCACCUCCGCCCCCAGCGCCAGAGCCAGCACCGGAACCAACACCAGCUCCAGCUCCGCCGUCGCGGUCCAAGUCCCCAGAGUCACAACAAUCGCCUUUAACACCGGAAGAGCUUGAACGGAGGGAGAAGGUCCGUGCAGCAGCGAGAGAGCGGCAAAGGAAGCACAGACUUGCUGUUAAGCAGCGCAAGAUGCGAGAGCUAGGACUCGACGUCGAUUUAAUGACCGGCGCCAUCGAAGAUAUUCCAUACCAACCACCACCACCCACUUUCGUUCCCGAAUUGCCCAUCGCGCACUCGAGUUUUAAUGAUUAUCCCACCCAAAUUCAUGGGGGCCAAACGUUCGCUUCAACACUCCUUCUCUCCUUUUCCUGUGCUCCUCUGUUGAAAGCCCAUCUGUUACGGACGUUAAACAUGACUAACGAAGAGCUGGCCUCUCUGGAGCCUGUUAUUGCGGAGGCUUGGGAUCGUUGGAAUGCUCAGAGACAACUACACUACGCUGAGGCGGCGAAGAAUGGUGUACCCGUUCCUCCACCUCCAGUGUCCGGUCCUCAUCCAGCAUUCCCUGUCGAAUUGGCUGGGCACCCUCAUCCUAUACAUCUACACCCGCCGCCACCAGGACACUUGCCCGCGCACCUAGUCCCGCCACACCAUUCUCAGGUAUCCACGCUCCUCCCCCCUCAUUUAUCCCCUCAUGUUGCCCAGCAGCCUGACCAAUCACCCUCUUCACCCCAGCAACAGCCGCCUCAACCAUCUACUCCCCAAAAUCAACAUCAACAGGCGCAACCUCCCUCCUCUCCAGUGACACCCCUCCAGCACCACCCUCCCGCGCCAACGUUUGCCGUCUCGAGCGGACCGAGCCUCUCACCUCACCCAGCUCCACCAGAGACCAACCCCGCCCUCGACUUCCGCGCUCGGUUCUCAAGCCACUUAAAUCGACCCAUACCUUCUGCGUAUAGGAAUCUGUACGGGGAUUCGUCUCCGAGCACCUCGACGACUGGGAGUUCGAGUACAGCGCCGAGCAGCAGCAGUUCGACGAACUCGGGGAAUAGAAUAGAGGAUGCGGAUAUUGAUCCGCAUCUCAUGGAGGAGGAUGGUCGGGCGGGAGAGAAAAGCCCAUAG